ACAGCUCAGCUGGGGGCCAGAAGAGAGACCAGCAGAGAAGAGGUGAGCACAAUUAAGCAAUACCUUCUUCACUUCUCUGCUCUCGGCUAGGGACAGAGGCAAGACUUAUAACUCUGCAAGUGUUGUCUGAAGCUAGCCCAUACCAGGCAGUGUAGGGACACUGGACCCCUCACUUAAGCAGUACAAGGUGACACAGAGACUUUCAACACCCGGCCUGGAGGAAUAAUGGUCUUCAUUCUCUUGAGUCCAACCAGGGUUUGACUGACUAAAUGAGGCACUGACCAUGGCUCAUCUCUUUAAAGAGAUAAGUAACUGUUAUUUCUGCUUUCGUUGGCUGGAAAGUCCCGUGUACUUGAACUGUGGAUACAUCUGCUGCUUCCAGUGCCUUGACUCACUAGAGAAAACUCCUGAAGGGGAUGGUGUACUGUGCCCCACUUGCUCUGUUGUCUCUUUGAAAGAAGACAUCAUACCUGCUAAAAAGCUAGGGGCCCUGGUUAACAAGAUCAAAAACCUAGAGCCAGAGCUGAAUUUUAUUCUGACAAUGGACCAAGGUAUGAAGAUAUUUCAAGUAAACAUGACCUUGGAUGUGGACACAGCCCAGGACCACCUGAUCAUCUCUGAUGACCUGCUGAGUGUCUACCAUACGCCUCAGAAGCAAAACCGGAAGAAAUGUGCAGAAAGAUUCCACACCUCCCCUUGUGUCCUGGGCUCUUCCCGGUUCACUUCAGGCCGCCAUUACUGGGAGGUAGUGGUGGGAACCAGCAAAGAAUGGGAUAUAGGCAUUUGCAAAGAGUCCAUUAAUCGAAAAGAGGCUAUUUACUUGUCAGAAAAAAACGGCUUCUGGACCAUGGGUGUGAGGGAAAAAAAGGUCUAUUCUGCCAGCACUGAUCCCUUAACUGUGCUACUUGUGAACCCUCGGCUACACAGAGUGGGUAUUUUCCUUGACAUGCUAGAGAAGGGUGUUUCUUUCUGGGACCUUAGCGAUGGCUCCCAUAUCUAUACAUUCCUUGAAAUUCCUGACACGGAUCCAUUUCGCCCAUUCUUUUCUCCAGCAAGUUCCUAUCCAGAUGAUGAUCAAAAACAAGCCCUGAGUAUCUGUCCUGUGACAAAUCCAGGCAUUUUUGGACUUCCAGUUAACCCCCAAUAAGGGGACUAACCCUUGGGUAUGAAAGCUGCUAUGGUGGUCGCUGAGUACUCAUAAACUGGCUAAGACUUUGAGUCUGGUACACACAGAACACAAAAGCAUUACAGAAAUGUAUAGAGGGCCUUAGGAAUACUAACUAGUUACAGGAAAUGCCAUUUGGUUUGGUUUUGCUUUGUUUUGGGUUUUUUUUAAUUUAUUUUUUACACUCCAUAUUUUAUUCUCCCUCCACCCCUGCCCCAUCCUCAAGAGAGUGGAGGCCCUGGGGAGUUUAGAAGAAAUAGCAUUUUUAAUAUAAAGUAUUAUGAUUGUUUUUCUUUGGAAUUUAUGUUUAUAUUUCUGUUCCCAUUCAUAUAUUGUGAAAUUUUACUUUGAAUGUUUUCCUUUUUAUCUGCUAUAAUAUUAGUGUGUGAUGUUGUAGAAUAAAUAAAUUAAAAUUUUA